AUGACCCACUCGUGCUGCUCCUCUUGCUGCCAGCCUAUGUGCUGCAGGACCACCUGCUGCCGGACCACCUGCUGCCAGCCCACAUGCUGUGGGUCCAGCGGCUGUGGGUCGAGCUGCUGCCAGCCUUGCUGCCGCCCAACUUGCUGUCACACCACCUGCUGCCGGCCCAGCUGCUGUGGGUGUAGCAGCUGUGGACACAACUGCGGUGGGUCUAGCGGCUGUGGCUCCAGCUGCUGCCAGCCUUGCUGCCGCCCAACUUGCUGUCACACCACCUGCUGCCGGACCACCUGCUGCCAGCCCAGCUGCUGUGGGUCCAGCGGCUGUGGGUCCAGCGGCUGUGGACAAAACUGCUGUGGGUCCCACUGCUGCCAGCCAGUUUGCUGUACCCCCGUGUACUGCACGAGAACCUGCUACCACCCCACCUGCUGCUGCCUGCCUGGGUGCCUAGCCCAGGGUUCUGGAUCCUGCUGCCAGCCUUCCUGCUGCUGA